AUGUUAGAAGUUGUAAUUAAUAAGUAAGUUCGUAUAAGGAAAUACCUGUUCCUGUUACUGCUGAUAGCAUAUUUUAUCUGAGUCACGUUGAUAAGAUUAGCAGUGCGGACAUAAACAUCAUACUUUAAACAGUGUAAAGUAUUUUUAUAUUGUUGGAAGUGGUCAUUGUUUUAUCCAAACGUUUGUUUUUAAGAUGGUACUUUUGUGCAUAGCAGUGUUGUAUUCUGUGCAAUCAAAUGUGCAAAAUCUUGUAAUUAAUUGUUAAUUAUGCUAGUGCAAGUAACAUUUAAACUAAAUGGCUCUUUACACAUCUACAUACAGAUAUUAUGAUAUGAUUCUAUUUUUGUUAGGAUACUUAUAUUUUUGCGUUGCAAUCAAUCCAGCCGAGAGCUUAGAUUUGGAGCCUUCCUUCGAGACAGAAAGAUAUUCACAAUCAGAUAUGGAAAAUUGUACACACUGCCUCAUCAGAUCGCAUUUGGAUUGUUCCUGUCAAACAUAUAAUGACGAAUGUUUGAUUUGCUGUCCUGGAUUUUCAUGCUGCUUUUGCUCCGACUGCACUUCAUGCUGGCACAAUCAGCAAAAAACAAUCAGCUUAUAUCAAAUCAAUAUUUACAUCUUGUGUGGAUAUGGCAUUAUCGGCUUGAUCGUAAUUUACUAUAAAAUAUGCAAAAAGAUAAAGGAGGGAAUAGUACGGACAAGUAUGAGGCGCACGUUACUGCAACGCGACUCUGGCACUUCAACGAAUCGCAGCACCAGUGAAACCGUACAAGAGAGACCACCUUCGUAUAACGAAGUUUGCAGUGCUCCUUCUCUUUACACGUCUCCCUACAACAUGACAUCCAUGGAGGAAGCUCCUCCACAGUAUCCGGGAACGCCGAAACUGCAAGAGAGAUCUCGAGACUCCAACGAGUCUCCUGCCACAUUUUCUAUCACUCAACAUAUAUAACGAUAUUGUAAUACGUCCAGUAAAUAUUUUAUUCCAAUAAAAUAGAUUUAUUUUGAAGGAAAUUGUUCUCACGUUUCUUUGAACCUAUUGCGUUCACACUGAUAAUCGUAUAAGAGAUUGACACAUGUUAUAUUGUUACUUUUUGAAAAUUUCAACUUUACAAAAAUUUUUCAGAUUGCUCCAUAAUUAUCUGAUCGCAAUAACAUUACAAAUUUGUAGUAGUAGGGCAAUAAAAAUUACGCUUUGCGAUUAUAUAAUGAAAAUGUCAUUUAUUUGAUGUGGUGCAAUGAUUUAAAAUAAAAUGGAAAAUGAAUGUCCGUAUGAGCUGGGAUCAAUGAGCGGCGCGCGUGACAUUACCCGUUUGUCAGCCACUACUGCUGCGUGUACACCAUUCAUUUUACAAAAGAGCGUUUUGGGCUUUUUUUUUUUAAAUGCAAUAUAUAACGGAAGUAUGUGUGUCAGAGAGCGGGCGCACGGUAAUGUCUAGCAGUCGUGGUGAUCAAUCGGUCACGAACAUGCGCCGGCUUUCAUUAUGAUGAGGUAACACUUGUCUUACUUGUACUUAAUAAUUUAUCAAAUUAUAAUCCAGUCAUAUACGCUCAAAUUAUUUUUGCGGAUUGGUUCGCACGGAAUUACGCCUAUCUGUUACUUUUUUUCAAUCUAUAUUUUACGAAUUGCUAUUAUUUUCAUCGGAAUUUGUUUUAUUCUGCGGUUGUUCUCUUUUUCUUUCAUUUCUUUUUUUUUCUCUAAGAAAAGACAUUCAACAUUAUGUGUGUUCCACGAGAGAAA